CUUGUUUGUUUUCAAAUUCUUGCGCUCCUGAUACUUUACCUCUUAAUUAAUCACUUCUCUACUGAUUCUCUUUGCGACCUGAGCCUUCUUAGUGAUCUCCGAUCCUCCAGUAAAGCUCCCCUCUCUUUCUUCUGAGGGACAAAUACCACGACAUCUUCUAUCAUCGCAACAAUUCUCUGCAUCAGCUGCCAAAAUGUCCCCUUCAGGCCCUUUCCAAGUCACUGUCCAUCCCUUUGAGUCCAAGUGUCGAAGCUCGGCCGCCUAUGAAAUUGGUCUCACUUCAGCUCCUAAUGCCAUUGUCUUCAUCGGUGGGCUUACAGAUGGACCUCACACUAUUCCUUAUACCCGGCUUCUAGCCCAGCGCCUGGAGGAAGUAAAGGAGUUGGGCUUCUCCGUUAUCGAAUUCCGCAUGAGAAGCUCUUUCUCGGGUUUUGGCACUUCGAGCCUCUCCAACGAUGUUGAAGACAUUUCUGCUUUGGUCAAGUAUCUACGAGGAAUUGGCAAGGAAAAGAUCGUCCUAUUUGGUUCCUCAACUGGCUGUCAGGUAAUCUAUUCCCUUGUCGCCACGUUUUAUAUCUCUUCUGACCAAUUGCAGGACUGCAUCGAGUAUGCCAAUUAUGCCAAGCACAACAACGAACCUGUCGAUGGCUUCGUUAUGCAAGGUCCGGUAUCGGAUCGUGAGACACUGGAUUUGAUCUUCCCGGAUCCUCAGCCGAGUCUUGAUCUCGCCGCAAAGAUGAUUUCUGAGGGCAAAGGCGGUGAUUGUAUGCCUUUUGACAUGAUUCCUGCCGUUCUGGGAGCUCCCAUUUCGGCAUAUCGGUUCCAGUCUCUGGCGAGCAAAGGCGGCGACGAUGAUUACUUUUCAUCAGACCUACCCGAUGAUGUCAUUGAAAGGAAUUGGUCUCGGUUCAAUAAGCCAGUGCUAGUUCUCCAUUCUGCUGAGGACGAGUUCGUCCCAGAGCGCAUCGACCAGGCUGCGAGCAACAAGAAGUAUAAGGCGUUGAACCCGGCUGUCAGUCGGUUAUCGGGGCUGAUUCCUGGCGCAAGCCAUACCGUUGAUCAACCCCAAGCGCAGGAGUGGCUUUCCAAGACGGUAAUCGAGUGGUUGAAAACCGAAGUUACUUCUCGUGCUGAUUGAGAUUGCUUGUCAAGAUGUGUUGGCAAUCACGCGAACAAGAGAGAACAUAUUGAAGACUAAGAGUUGCACAAGCAAUUGACGUGCUUGUGAUCUAUAAACAUGAUACAUAGAAAGCAUCAGGUAUAGCUAUUAGUCGCACAAACAACCAAAAUGAUAAUCAAACUCUGUGCUCCAGGGUAAGACGACCUUGGCUGGGA